AAAGCGGACAUUGUUGAGAACAGUCUGUGCGCCCCUCGUCUCUGACCCCUUCCGUGACCCGUCACCACCUGUGGCAGAUGUGCGAGUUCUCAGCCGCGGACGGCGACGUUGGAGGACGGUGAGAGUCUCGCAGAGAUAAACAGACAUUGAUUAGACUGAGUGGUGUUGCAGCCAAGUGUGUUAGUCUGUUGACGUCCACGCACGCACGCACACACACACACACGCGCACUCGCAGCUAAUCAUCUGCCCACGCCAGGACGCAGCGAAAGCACAGAGAUGUUUCCGCCUGUUUGUCACCACAGCUCCUCUGAGUGACUGGCUGUUGCUGGAUAAAGACUCACACACGCACGCACGCGCACAGCCACACACACACACUAACAGACUCUAACAGACACGCCUCUGGAAGUUCUUCAACUUCUGGUCUCCGUUUCCGUCUGUGACAGUCUGAUUUAAGCUGCUGCUGUUGUUGUUGUUGUCGUUGUUGCUCUUGUUGUUGUUGUUGUUGUUUUGCUCUUCAGUCGCUCCGUCAUCGUUUUACCUCCACGUCUGAGCGCAGUUAUGCGAGCAGCGCAGCGGAGCUGGAGGCUGGAGGAGACUGGCACCGAGUGACCGGAGGAGAUCUUAUUCCCACUAUCACACACACACACACACACACACUCGUUCACACACACACACACACACCGUGCGUGUGUUUUCUCCCGGACACCAGCAACAUCCCUGAGAGCAGACUGAGCUCCGGCGGCUCUGGCACACUUUCCUUGGCGAUUGCGAUGUCCACAAGAAAGGCAUCGUUGACGGACAAGCAGACCAAAAACGGAACGUCAAAAUACGUCUUGGAGCGAUGCGCUUCUAUUAACGAGUACUAUGAUAUUGCCUUCAAGGUGAUGCUGCUCGGAGACUCGGCCGUGGGGAAGACGUGCAUCCUGGUGCGCUUUAAAGAUGGAGCCUUUCUGGGAGGAAACUUUAUAGCCACCGUGGGAAUAGACUUUAGGAAUAAAGUGGUGGAUGUGGACAAUCUCAAAGUCAAACUCCAGAUCUGGGAUACAGCCGGCCAAGAGAGAUUCCGCAGCGUAACGCACGCCUACUACAGAGAUGCCCAGGCGUUGCUUCUGCUCUACGAUAUCACCAGCAAGCAGUCAUUCGACAACAUACGGGCUUGGCUGACUGAAAUACAUGAAUAUGCCCAGAAGGAUGUGGUCAUCAUGUUGCUCGGCAACAAGUCAGACAUGGCCGCGGAGAGAGUGGUGAAGACAGAGGAAGGGCAGAGGUUGGCCAAGGACUACGGCGUUCCUUUCAUGGAGACGAGCGCAAAGACCGGAGUCAAUGUGGAGCUGGCCUUUCUCGCUGUAGCAAAGGAGCUGAAGCACAGAGCCACACAGCAGCCCAACGAACCCAAGUUCCAGAUUCAUGACUACAUCGAGUCCCAGAAGCAGAAGAGCGGCUGCUGCAGCACGGUGUAGCUGAGGCUGCGCGGCGGAGAAGAGAGGAAGAGAGAUGCACUGAGGGAAGAGGAGCGUAGGUGGAGGACAGAGGGGCGUGUGGGGUAAAUAAUAAUAAUAAUAAUAAUAAUAAAUAUAGUCUGCUCUCUUUUAAAAAAAAAAGAAGAAGAAGAGACAAAGCCAACCUCAGCUGAGAAGCUGAGAACAGGAACGCCUUUUUGACUCCCUUUCUGCAGCUGUGAGCUGAAUGGAUCGAACGCCAUCCCUUAUCUGAAAUGUGAAUUUUUCAAUCUCUUUUAUGUCAUGGUGUAGAAAUGUUGUGGUCUUUGUGGUGACAGUCAAAGUAUCAAAGUACACGUGUCGGGAGGAGAAACGAUGGGGGAGAGAGUUGUUCAUCUGCAGGGACAGGAUGAGCAGCGGAUUUAUCUCUGUGCUCUUAAUAAACAGUGGUUUUCUAUGAACAAGUCAUGUGACUGUUGGUGUGGAUACAGCAGUGGGUCUGAGAACCCUGUUUGGUCUUACACUCUUCGUCAUGAUCAUCAUCAUCAUCAUAUUUGCCUCUCGAACUUCAGUCUCACAGUCAGACUCCUCUGUUUCCAUCUGUGCUGCUGUUUAGAUGGAAUAAAAAGCCGAAGUAUUGGCA